AUGAACUCAGUAAACUCAACGCAGUUCACAUCGUUUAUUCUAAGUGGUUACACUGAAAACGGACCCUUAAAAUACUUGUAUUUUAUUAUAGUAACUGCAUUGUACAUCUCCAUAGUAUUUGCAAACACAUUGCUUAUUGUGGUUAUAUGUACGGAGAGAAGCCUUCACAAACCCAUGUAUCUAUUCCUGUGCAGUUUGUUUGUAAAUGAGUUGUAUGGUAGCACUGCUUUGUUUCCUGCUGUAAUGACUAAUUUGAUGUCAGAUGUUCACGUAGUUUCCAUUAUUUACUGUUACCUACAGAUCUUUUGUUUAUACUCAUACGGUUCUAUUGAAUUCAGCAAUUUAGCAGUCAUGUCUUAUGACAGGUACCUUGCUAUAUGUUAUCCACUUCAGUACAACAUAAUUAUGACACCAACUAGGGUGUGGAUUUUAGUUUGUGUUAUAUGGAUGUGCCCUUUAGCUAAAAUAAUCAUAACACUGUCUUUAACUAUUCGUUUGCAAUUGUGUGGGAAUGUUAUAGAGAAAGUAUAUUGUGACAACUACCUGAUAGUGAAACUUGCCUGUUCAACUUCCGAUACAACAGUCAAUAACAUCUAUGGACUCUGUAGCAUGGUUUUGUCUGUCAUUAUCCCUUUAAUUAUUAUUUUGUACUCUUAUAUUAGGAUUCUGACAAUUUGUUCUAAAUCUUCUAUUGAGACAACACAGAAAGCUUUCAACACCUGUGUUCCUCAUCUGGCUUCACUGCUCAACUUUUUUAUUGGUGUUUCCUUAAAUCUGCUGCAGAGUAGAUUUGAUAGGCCUUUACAAACUCUUCCAGCUGUACUUCAAACUAUUUUAUCGGUAUACCAUCAGAUCUGCCAGCCACUUUUUAACCCUAUUGUGUAUGGAGUUAGGAUGUCUCAAAUUAGACAGGCUUGUAAAAACAUACUACCUGUCAGUCUGUUCCCUAAAACAUAA